AUGAACUUCCAAAACCUAAACUUUGAGUUUGUGGAAGCUCCCCAUUGGUUUCCGCCACGAGAAAUAGUCCCUUCUGCCCACACCAUCCGCGACGAUUCGGAAUCAGGCCGUCGCCUGCGUCCUUCUCAGUAUAGCCACGAGCGUCUAGACUAUCAGCAAGCUCCGUCGCUGUCAGCGCAGUCAUUGUCACCACAACCAACCAUUUUGCGCGAACCACCCUCUCCCACUUCAUCUGCCCACUCAUCUGCGGAGCUGUAUGGUCCAGAGAGGCUAUUUGGACUCUCCGGUGCAUUCCAGUCAGAGCGACAGCCACAGCCAACCGCAAGGGCUUUAAUGUCAAACCAAACGGUUCGGUUUGACGAGGCUCAGCUGGCAAUGUUCGCUGCCGACAAUGCUGCCCGAAUGGACAGCUUCAAGGAUGAAUUGGCUCUCGCUGCGGGCAAGGUCACUCCUGGCGUCGACGACACUCCGUAUAUUCAAUACGCUCUCGACGCGUUAACUCGUGAUAGAGGAAGCGCCAGCACCAGCCAAAUACCCAUACCUCCACCUCCCUUGGGGAAGUACAGUGAGGAAGACCAGCCGCGGAACUCAAAGUUUAUGGUCAAUGGGUUUGCAACUUCGCCAGAGUCCACCAGACGUGAGCAGUCGUCCUCGCAUGACAUGCUCCAUUCACCUCUCUUGCACGAAUGCCAACUUGACCCCACCAAACUGCCACAAGACUCGAGCAUCUCAUAUACACCUCAGCCAACUCUACCUGUGGCGGCUCCGGCAUCUCAAAAACCGUCUUCCGCGGACCAUUGGAUUCCAGUAGAUGCGAAUAUGUUGCAAACUAUUGAUCCCCGGGGGCGUACAUAUCCACCUCUGACUUUUAAGCCACGAAUUUUACGACCAUUUUCAAUGUUAAUGUUAAUGACCUUAUGCGCAUUUAUGAUGGCGGCCCUGACAUUCGCCGCUGUGUACUCGCAAAAGCACGACGGAUUGACGCCCUAUCCUGGCAGUAUAUACUCAGGGCAAUAUUUUGUUUUCCGUAUCUUGCCUCAGACAUUGGGUGGAGUGAUCCUCAUCUAUGCACAGAAUAUCAUGGCAGCGUCCCUCCGAAUUGUACCAUUUGCAACUCUGGCCCAUGAAGACCCUGAAAAGCGAUAUUUGGCCCUGUUUCGGAGCCUGUAUCCGACAACGUUUUUGCUCCCACAGCUAUCGGGCCCUUGGCAGUUGAAAACCUUUGGCAUAGCUACAUGGCUUGGCAACUUCACUCUCCCGUUGCUAAGCGCAACGUUUACGUGUAUAUACGUGGACAGCCAAGGACGAUGGAUAUGGUCGGCCACCCAAGGACUGAUCUGGGUAUCAAUCGCCCUGUAUGCUACGCUCUUGGUCGCUGCCUGCAUACUAAUGACGUUUUGGUUUGGUCACUGGACUGGACUUCUCUGGGAUGCCCGCUCCAUCGCAGACCUGAUACCAUUGCUGCAUCGCACCAACACAAUGAGCAGCUACCGACGCAAGGGCCUCUAUGAGCGCAACUGCGACUACAGAGCCGAACUGCGGGAGCGGUGGUUCGACCGGCUGGGAUACUGGCAGAAUGGAGAUAUGACGGGGGGUGUUUGGCACACCAUCGGGACAUCGGCGAUGCCAGCAGACUGCGGCACACAAGUUGGCACCGAACCACGAUCUGAACGUCGAAGCAACGAUCACUCCAUCGGAUCUCACUUGACGGUUUCCUCUGCCCUGCUGGACUUUGAAGGCGGCACGUACCUACCAUGGUGUCUGAGAGACAUGCCACUGGUGUCACUCGUCCUCGUGACCGGCACCCUAUUGCUAGCUCUCUUCAUUGUAUCUUUCCUGCCACAGACAAAGCUCGAGUCUGGGUUCGCGCCUCUCCUGGCUGCACGACCAGACGACGCAGCCUUCUCUGCAGCCAACUUCCUCUACAGCUUCCUGCCAGCCACCCUGGGCAUGGUCCUAUUCCUGCUGUUUCAGAGCCUCGACCAAGCUCUUCGUAUUCUCCAACCAUGGGGUGACAUGACGUCUCUCGACGGCGCCGUCGCAAGCCGCUCCAUUCUGGCCGACUACGCCGCCUGCCUCUCCUUGCACGUAUCGGUGCGGGCGCUGCGAAACGGCCACUGGCGCGUGGCCGUCGUGUCGCUCAUGUCCACGCUCUUCAUCUUCAUCCCGAUCCUUGCCGGCGGCCUCUUCAUGGCGCUCACGACUCCGACGCAGGAGGUUCGGAUGUUCCCGAGCAUGCCAGUCUACGGCGUUCUUCUCGCAUUCCUCAUCCUCUACGUCGGCUGCUCAUCCCUUCUCAUUCCCCGCCGCCGCCAGUUCUACCUCCCCCACUGCGUCACCACCAUCGCGUCUCUCGUCAGCCUCUGCACCGCCAGGGACCUCUACGAGGACCCUGCUUUCCGCUCCGUCCGGUCCAGAAAGGACCUCGCCGCCCGCCUAGGCGUGGGCCGCAAGGAUGCCCGCGCGGAAAGCAUCUGGUUCUUUGGCGUCCUGGCAGGCCGCGACGAGAAGCGCAUCAGCGUACGACGAAUGAAGCGCUACACCGAGAAGAUGGCCAUGGCACGAUCCAUGACCUCGAUGUAUUUCCAACACAUGGCAUCGGAGUUUUUGCCUUUGAUUUUUCGUUUUUAG